AUGAGCAUCUACCUGAAGAGAGGCACUUCCCGCCGACACCUCUCCGAGGUCCCCUUAGAUUUCUUCAAAAGAGAAAAUAAAAAUGGCCAAAGAGAAAAAAAUGCCUCUCUCAGUGAUGACCAGGAGCAGGGGGGCAGACCCAGCCCUAUGAAAGGAAAAAAAAAAAAAAAGGCUCUUCCUUUUUUUAUAAAAUCAAAUGGGGAAGUUAUUCAAAUGGGACAGGACAAAAUGAGAGGACAAACAUGUGCCCCUGCAAAGGGGAUGACAGAAAGGGGAAAAACAGAAUUUCGGGGGAAGGGACAAAAAAAGGCGGCCUCCUCCGCGAAUGCUUGUCUGGAGGGGAAAAUAUUCACCAUCGCCAGUUAUGACUUUGUGGAGGUCAUUCGAAAAGCGCGGCGAGUCAAUCGUCAGGCGAUAUCGGAGGCGGUCUCCCAGGCCAAGUCUGAACCAGUGGGGGCACCUGCUCAUGGCCACUGGAAACACACACUCCCCAGGAGCAUCCCCGGGGAACGGGAAACGUGCUCGUUGCUGCGCCAAAUCCAAGGGGAAAAAAUGCCGACCGAAAACCCCAUUGAAAAAGUAACGAAGGGGGAGCUCACCCUGUGCUGGAAGAAGCACAGGAAAAUAAACAUCGCCUUCGUGGAGAGGCACAACAGGAAAAAUGGAACAACAUCUUGCGAGAGGAAAGUGAAAAAAAUAUACCUGUCCCCAAAGGAAAGCACCUUUAGUCCCCUUAUGAAUAAAUACGUUCUGUACGAGGACGUGGUGAAGUUAGAAAGGCACCUCACUCGUCACUUGGCUCACAAGAACAUCGUAGUGAUGGAAAGUUUCUUUUGCGUUGAUAAUGAAUUAGUUAGUGUGUAUCCCUUUGGGGGGGUGUCUCUGAUGAGGUGGAAUAAGCAUGAGAAGCUCUUUCAGCUUCAGGGCAUGGAUGGGGGAAGUAACAGUCGUGGUAGAUCCUCCUACCGACCAACAGGUGUAAUGACCAUGGAUAGCCUGUCCGGCAAGCAAACAUAUGAAGCAGUAUGCGGAAUGACCAAAGCGAAAAAAAAAAAAAAAAAAAAAAAGUAUACAUAUGUCUACCCAGAGUACCUCCUCGCAGAAAUCAUAAGGCAACUCCUGACCGUGUGCCACUACCUGGACGAGCAACAAAUUUUCCACAGUGACAUAAAACCCUCAAACAUUCUUAUAAAAAAUGUGAAAAAAAAAAAUAUGAACAAAAUAUAUUUUUGCACACGGGAUAAAAAAUGGUACUUACAAAAAAGAGGCACAACUUUAAAAAAAAAAAUUUUGGUGAAACUUAUUGAUUUUGAGUAUGCACAGAAAACAUGCCAAGGGAAAGUCAACGUAGGUGGCACAACAUCGUUAUUUAAACCACUUGAAGAUUUUAAAAUGGGAAGAAUUAAUGCUUCGCCGAAGAUUGUGUGGACCUUGGGCAUCACACUUUUCAUUUUGUCCACCGGUGCACACCCCUUCAGUCGAAUUAACAACGACAUGCAUAUUUGGUAUGUGUUGCAGGACAAAGGGUUUGACGUGUGCAGGCGAUUUCGUAGGUACCCCUUCAUGUCCAGUUCGCUGAAGGACCUGCUCGCGCGCAUGCUGCAGGUGGACUUUUCUCGCAGGGCGACCCUCCCCGAGUUGUUCCUCCACCCCUUCGUCCUCUUCGGCGAGGCGGUGAAGCGGUGA